CGUGCCUGCCUCCCACGGCUCGCAGGUCAGGCCCCCCUCCCUCCGUCUCUCUAAAUUAAUUCCCAUCCUCGCACGCCAUUACCAUAGCGUCUCAGGCUUAUCAGCUUAUCUUGUUACCUUUCUUGUUAUGGCUCUCUGUUUCCUGCGCCACAUAAUACCUCUCUCUCUCUCUCGUUCCCUUCGCUUCUCAUGCCAAUUGCUCAUCAUUUCUCACGGUUCUAUGUCCGUUUCUCCCCUCCAUUACAGCCAAGACAAUCGUUGAACGCAGUGGAAAGAUCCUCCUCCCCCGAUCCUCGGUGCUGCCACCAAUAGAAACUCCAAUUCCUUUACUCGAUCCUGUACUCUCUUUCUUCACUUCAGUAGUCUAUAUCUAAAUCAAGGAACAAGAAGAAGGAAGAAAGAAGAAGAAAGAGAAGAGCACGAGAUGAGCCAGUGCGUUCCUAGUUGGGACGUCGAUGACCCUCCUAACCCACCAACUCAUCAUCUUCCCUUCAACCACCUUCCAUCGCCCGCCCCCCGCGUUCCCAUGUCGGACUACGACAUGGCUGAGCUGGCAUGGGAGAACGGCCGCCUUGUCUUGCACGGCCUCAGCCACAAUGGCAUCGAGAAGCCCAUCCCCAAGGAACCCUCCUCCUCGGCGGCCGCCACCGCGUGGGAGAAGCCGCGGCCGAGCGGCACGCUGGAGGCCGUCGUGGACCAGGCCACGCGCGCCAAAAGAAGGGAUAGGAUCAACCAGAAGAUGAAGGCCUUACAAAAGUUGGUUCCAAAUUCAAGUAAGACCGAAAAAGCAUCUAUGCUAGAUGAGGUGAUUGAAUAUUUGAAGCAGCUACAAGCCCAGGUCCAAAUGAUGAGCAGGAUGAGUACCAUGAUGAUGCCGAUGACCAUGCCACAACUCCAAAUGUCCAUGAUGGCCCACAUGGCCCAGAUGGCUCAAAUGGCUCAUAUGGGCAUGGGCAUGGGCAUGGGUAUGGGCAUGAUGGACCUCAACUCCCUCAAUCAGCUCAGCCAUGCUAGCUUACCUCCCCUCGUCCACCCCUCUGCCUUUCUCCCUCUCUCAACAACUUGUUGGGAUGGCUCUGGUGAUAAAAUGCAGCAAUCUGGUGGCACCGUCCAUCCCGAUCUCUUCUCGGCCUUCCUUGCCUAUCAAACAGCACAGCAGCAGCAGCCGCCGCCGCCGGUGGCGCAGCCACGGGAACCGCCAGUGGGCAUGGAUGCAUACAGCUGGAUGGCCGCCCUGCAUCAACAAUCACGUCAGCAGCCUCCACCGGGCAAUCCCAAGCCUUAGCUGCUCUUGUACAUAUUUCAAUUGCCUGAGUUCACAUACAAUGUGAUGUAAGUGAUUUUCUUAUGCAUAUAUUUGAGCGUCUGGUGUUUACUUUU